UCCCUUUGAACUUGUUUUAAGUUCUUGCCACGUGUAUAAAACAAAUAUAUCCUGCGACAACGAGCUACAAUACAGUACAAUCGGCAGGUUAUUAAGAGGGUUUGAACAGGUAAAAGCGAGCUGCAGCGGCAAUUCAAGACUGAGGUGUAGGAGGAGGAGGAGGCUGUUUUCUGCUGCUUCUCUCUCGCGCUUCCUGAUCUUUGCAACAGCGAACUUCUCAUACGCAGACAUGGCCUCAGGUGUAGCCAUCAGUGAUGAGGUGGUUAAAUACUACGAUUUAAUCCGGGUGCGCAAGCAGGGCGAACAGGAGAGAGAGAGGUUUAAACUUGUGAUGAUGCGUAUAAGCGAUGACCAAAAGAGCAUUAUUGUGGACCACGACAACUGCCUGAGGAACAAAGAUGUUGAGAAUGCGGCUGACAUUUUCGAGGCGGUCGUCAGUAAGCUUCCUCCAAAGGAGUGCCGCUACUGCCUGUAUGACUGCCAUUACGCAACCACAGAAAGUGUGAAGGAAGACCUGAUCUUCAUCAUGUGGGCCCCUGAAAGUGCAAACCUGAAGAGUAAAAUGCUCUAUGCGAGCUCAAGAAAUGACCUCAAGAAGAAAAUACCAGGUUUGAAGUUCGAGUGGCAAGUUAAUGAUCCUUCAGACAUACACAAGUCUUGUCUCGUGGAGAAACUUGGUGGCCCACUAGUAAAGUCUUUGGAGGGGAAGGCAAUGUAGAAGAGAUGGGAGCGAUCGGUACAAUGUCCCAGCAUCCCAUGUAACAGUCCACAUUAAAAUUCUUAAAGACCUAUAAAUCAUUAUUGUAUGAUUGUAUACACUUUCUCUGAUUUUUACAUUUCAUUGGGAAAUAUGCCUAUAUGCUGGCAGUUGAAUGUUUCUUUGUUUUAAUGUUUCAAAAGAAACAAAUCUUAAAGACCAGAUGGUCAAAAGGAAAUAUUUUACAUCUUUUAAGGUAUCAAACUUUGUGUUACUGGAUUCAUAUUAUUUCCUAGUCAUUUUUCUAGUAAUUCUAAUAACAGGGAGUGUUUUUUCUUUUAAACUGUUAGCUAAUCCUGCGUUCCAGGAAAUAACUAAUAUUUAUCCAUAUACAUGUAGUAUUGAACAAAUGCCAACAUCUUGUAGUACGCCAACACCAAAAAUCCAGCAUGAAAUUACAAUUCGAUUGUUGUCAUUGCUGAAAAACAAUAUUUUGUGAUUUUUUUUUUUUCAAAUCUGUCUCGAUGUAACUCAAGUUUAUUAACAUACUAGUGUUCAAACUUCAAUUCAUAAGACUAGUAAACAAGCACAUACUAAUUUGUACGUUCAUCCUCCAUGCCUGGUGAAAGGGAUUUUCAUAAACCGUUUUAAUUCUA